AUGAAUGACAUAGAUGUUGCUUUAGCAAAAAUGGUUGAGGUUGAAAACGAUGGAGGCAAUCAAUUGAAUGUGAGUGACAUGGGUGAUGAUUUGGGUGAUGAACCAAUAGAUAUGGGUUAUGAACCAACAGACAUGGGUGACUAUGAAGACCAACCAGCAGAUACAACUGAAAAAGUUAAUGAAGAUCUUACUGGACCUUUUCCUGGAGAGCCAUAUGACCCUUCAAUUUUGAAGAAUUUUCAUUGUCACGUAACAGCCAAAAUUUGGCAUAAUGAUGAACGUGAAAUACGUAAAUGCUUAAAUCAUGGUUUUAAAGUUAGUGAAUGGUCAUUUAACUUGGAAGAGAAUGAACAGUCCAAAUUUCAUGGUUUAAUUAUGGAUUCGGGGUUGAUUUCUUUAGUGAGUUGCUCAUAUGAAUUUGUAAACAAAGUUAUAGUUUCGGCCUUUGUAGAAAGAUGGCAGCCAGAGACAAACACGUUUCAUCUACCAUUUGGUGAGAUGUCACCAACCUUAGAUGAUGUUAGUGUAAUUUUAGGGAUUCCAGUGAUUGGUAAAUCAGUCUCUUGCAAGAAUUUAUCAAAUAUUGAUGCUGCAAAUCUGCUAGUUAAGGCUUUGGAAGUAAUAAUAGAUGAGGCAAAUGUAGCGUUGAAGGUAGCACGGAGCCAGUCUAUCAAGGCAGAAUGGUUGAGACAAUGGUUUGGGUCAGUGUCUAAUGUGGACAAUGAUAAUAUCAUUGAGUGUACAACUAGGGCAUGUUUGUUAUAUUUGUUAGGUUAUACCUUAUUUGCAGACAAGACAGGCACACGUGUUCCGGUAGUGUAUUUGUCUUUUCUUAUGGAUUUGCGAUCGGUUGCUUCUUAUGCUUGGGUGGCAGCCGCAUUGGCUUUUUUAUACCUGCAAUUGGGUACUGCCACAAGGUAUGCUGUAAUACAGAUGGCGGGAUACAUGACAUUGCUGGAAGCUUGGAUUUACAAGCAUUUUGUUGGUGCUAGACCCCACCCCAAUUUGGACUAUAAAGAAGAUCAGCCUCGUGUCUUUCAUUGGAUUUCUCGCACCUAA